CUCACGCCGUGUGGGAGGGGCCUGGGCCAGAAUGCUCUCCUGUGGCUGUGGGACUGCAUCUCUGUCCCCCAUUAGUAUGCACUUCCACGCUCUGGGCCACGUAAUCUGUUUAUGCACCUAUGAUAUCAAAAACAGGAGGCAGGUGCUGCCGUCCUGCCUUCUUGAGAGUCAGAGGAGGGGAUGCUUUCUGUCUACAGUGGCUCUGCAGCCCCCCAGUCAACGUCUGCUAGCAGGAACAGACGAGUCCAGAUGGCGUGGCAGUGACAGGGAGAUAACCAUCCCGAGUCAUGCAGUCUUUUCGAGAAAGGUGUGGUUUCCAUGGCAAACAACAGAACUACCCACAGACCUCCCAGGAAACAUCACGCCUGGAGAAUUACAGGCAGCAAAGUCAGGCCAGCCUGAGCUGCGACCGGCAGCGGCUGCUGGCCAAGGACUAUUACAACCCGCAGCCUUACGCAGCCUAUGAGGGCAGCACUGGUACGCCCUCUGGCUCAGCGACUGCGGUGGCUGACAAGUACCAUCGAGGCAGCAAGGCCCUGCAGGGGAGGCCAGCUUUCCCCGGCUACAGUGGUGUCCAGGACAGCAGCCCCUACCCGGGACGCUACUCUGGUGAGGAGGGCCUGCAGGCCUGGGGAGCCCCACAACCGCCACCUCCCCAGCCUCAGCCCCUGCCAGGAGGUGUAGGCAAGUAUGAGGAGAACUUGAUGAAGAAGACGGCAGUACCCCCAAACAGGCAGUACCCAGAGCAGGGUGCCCAGCUUCCCUUUCGGACUCACUCCCUGCAUGUGCCACAGCCACCGCCUCAGCUGCCACAGCCCCAGCAGCCCCUGGCAUACCCCAAACUCCAAAGGCAGAAACUGCAGAAUGACCUCGCCUCACCUCUGCCCUUUUCCCAGGGCAGCCACUUUCCCCAGCAUUCCCAGUCCUUCCCCACCUCCUCCACCUACUCUUCAUCUGUGCAAGGUGGCGGGCAGGGGACCCACUCUUACAAGAGUUGCACAGCACCAUCUGCCCAGCCCCAUGACAGGCCUCUGACCGCCAACGCCAGCUUGGCCCCAGGGCAGCGGGUCCAGAACCUUCAUACCUACCAGUCAGGCCGCCUUGGCUAUGAACAGCAACAGCAGCAGCAGCAGCAGCAGCAGCAGCAGCAGCAAGCACUUCAGAGCCGGCACCAUGCCCAGGAAACCCUCCAUUACCAAAACCUUGCCAAAUACCAACACUAUGGGCAGCAAGGUCAAGGUUACUGCCAGCCGGAUGCAGCUGUCAGGACUCCAGAGCAGUACUACCAGACAUUCAGCCCCAGCUCCAGCCACUCCCCUGCGCGCUCCGUGGGCCGCUCGCCUUCCUACAGCUCCACCCCAUCUCCACUGAUGCCCAAUCUGGAGAAUUUUGCAUACAACCAGCAGCCGCUUAGCACUGGAGCCUUCCCCACAGGCAUCACUGACCACAGCCACUUCAUGCCCUUGCUCAACCCCUCCCCAACAGAUGCUGCCAGCUCUGUGGACACCCAGGCCAGCAACUGCAAGCCCUUGCAAAAGGACAAGAUCCCUGAGAACCUGCUGUCAGAUCUCAGCCUGCAGAGCCUCACGGCACUGACCUCGCAGGUGGAGAACAUCUCCAACACUGUGCAGCAGCUUCUACUGUCCAAGGCUGCUGUGCCGCAGAAGAAAGGGGUCAAGAACCUUGUGUCCAGGACUCCGGAGCAGCAUAAGAGCCAGCACUGCAGCCCUGAGGGCAGUGGCUACUCGGCCGAACCAGCGGGCACACCGUUAUCUGAGCCACCAAGCAGCACGCCACAGUCCACCCACGCUGAGCCACAAGAGGCCGACUACCUGAGUGGCUCUGAGGAUCCACUGGAGCGCAGCUUUCUCUACUGCAGCCAGGCCCGCAGCAGCCCCGCCAGAGUCAACAGCAACUCCAAGGCCAAGCCCGAGUCCGUGUCUACCUGUUCUGUGACCUCUCCUGAUGACAUGUCCACUAAAUCUGAUGACUCCUUCCAGAGCCUACACAGCACUCUGCCUCUGGAUAGCUUCUCCAAGUUCGUGGCAGGUGAGCGGGAUUGCCCACGGCUGCUGCUCAGUGCCCUGGCUCAGGAAGACCUGGCCUCUGAGAUCCUGGGACUGCAAGAAGCCAUUGGUGAGAAGGCUGACAAGGCUUGGGCCGAGGCGCCCGGCCUGCCCAAGGACACCAGCAAGCCACCCUUCUCACUGGAGAACCACAGCGCCUGCCUGGACUCUGUCGCCAAGACAGCAUGGCCACGGUCAGGGGAGCCGGAGGCCCUGCCUGAUUCCUUGCAGCUGGACAAGGGCGGCAAUGCCAAGGACUUCAGCCCGGGGCUGUUUGAAGACCCUUCCGUGGCCUUUGCCACCCCUGACCCCAAGAAGACAACUGGUGCCCUGUCCUUUGGUACCAAGCCCACCCUUGGGGCUGCCACUCCAGACCCCACCACGGCAGCGUUUGACUGCUUCCCGGACACGACCACAGCCAGCUCAGUGGACAGUGCCAACCCCUUUGCCUGGCCAGAGGAGAACCUGGGAGAUGCUUGUCCCCGGUGGGGACUGCACCCAGGCGAGCUCAAAGGCCUGGAGCAGGGUGGGAAGGCCUCAGAUAGUGUGGGCAAAGGGGAUGCUCAUGAGGCUUCAGCCUGCUUGGGCUUCCAGGAGGAGGAGCCACCUGGGGACAAGGCAGCUGCACUGCCUGGGGACUUCAAACAGGAGGAGGCAGGUGGGGUGAAAGAAGAGGCGGGUGGGCUGCUGCAGUGCCCUGAGGUGGGCAAAGCUGAUCGUUGGCUGGAGGACAGCCGGCACUGCUGCUCUGCAGCUGACUUUGGGGACCUACCACUGCUGCCACCUCCCAGCAGGAAGGAGGACCUGGAGGCCGAGGAGUACUCCUCCCUGUGCGAGCUGCUGGGCAGCCCUGAGCAGAGGCCUGGCCUGCAGGAGCCGCUCUCACCCAAGGCUCCCCUCAUCUGCACCAAGGAGGAGGUGGAGGAGGUACUGGACUCCAAGGCUGGCUGGGGCUCCCCGUGCCACCUCUCUGGGGAGUCCGUCAUCUUGCUCGGCCCCACUGUGGGAGCCGAGUCGAAGGUCCAGAGCUGGUUUGAGUCCUCCCUGUCCCACAUGAAGCCAGGUGAAGAUGGGCCUGAUGGAGAACGGGCUUCAGGGGAUUCUGCCCCCUCAGACACCACCCUGGCCCAGAAGCCAAACAAGCCUGCUGUGCCUGAGGCACCUAUUGCUAAGAAAGAGCCUGUGCCCCGGGGCAAAAGUUUACGGAGCCGGCGGGUGCACAGGGGGCUGCCCGAGGCCGAGGACUCCCCAUGCCGGGCCCCGGCACUUCCCAAAGACCUCUUGCUCCCUGAGUCCUGCACAGGGCCACAGGGACAGAUGGAAGGGGCCGGGGCCCCAGGCCGGGGGACCUCAGAAGGGCUCCCCAGAAUGUGUACCCGCUCUCUCACUGCCCUGAGUGAGCCCCGCACACCUGGACCCCCAGGCUUAACUACCACCCCAGCACCCCCUGACAAACUGGGGGGCAAGCAGCGAGCAGCCUUUAAGUCUGGAAAACGGGUGGGGAAGCCCUCACCAAAGGCUGCAUCUAGCCCCAGCAACCCGGCUGCCCUGCCUGUGGCCUCAGACAGCAGCCCCAUGGGCUCCAAGACCAAGGAGACAGACUCCCCCAGCACAGCCGGCAAAGACCAGCGCUCCAUGAUCCUCCGGUCCCGCACCAAACCCCAGGAGGUCUUCCACACCAAGCGGAGACGGCCCUCAGAGAGCACCAAAAAGCUCCUUGCCAACAACCACCUGUCCGCCACGUUCAAGGUCUCCAGCAGCCCCCAGAAGGAAGGUCGGGUGAGUCAGCGUGCAAGAGUCUCCAAGCCCAGCGCAGGGGGCAAGCUUUCAGAUCGGCCCCUCCACGCACUGAAAAGGAAGUCGGCCUUCAUGGCACCUGUCCCCACCAAGAAGCGGAACCUGGUCCUGCGAAGUAGCAGCAGCAGCAGCAACACCAGUGGCAGUGCUGGGGAUGGGAAGGAGGAGAGAGCUGAGGGCUCCCCCAACCUCUUCAGGAGGAUGUCCUCACCCAAAAAGGCCAAGCCCAAGGGUAGCAGCGAGUCCCCCAUGAAGCAGCCCUUACCCCCAGAGACCCCUGACACCUGCAUCAAGCUCGCCUCCCAGGCAGCCUUCCAGGGUGCCAUGAAGACCAAGGUGCUGCCUCCCCGGAAGGGCCGGGGCCUGAAACUGGAGGCCAUCGUGCAGAAGAUUACCUCGCCCAGCCUCAAGAAGCUUGUGUGCAAAGUGCCAGGUGUCCCUCCUGGGACUCCUCUGAGCCCAGCCCUCCCGGACAAGGACCGUGGUGGGCUCAAGAGCGCUGGGGGCAGUCCAGCUGGGGCAGAAGAGGGUCUGGUAAGCAUGGGCACUGGGCAGAAGCUCCCAGCAGCUUCAGGAGCAGACCCGUUAUGCAGAAACCCAGCCAACAGAUCCUUAAAAGGCAAACUUAUGAACAGUAAGAAACUGUCCUCCACUGACUGUUUCAAAACUGAGGCCUUCAUGUCCCCGGAGGCCCUGGCACCGAAGAAGAGGAGGCAGAAAGGCAGGGCAGUAGCCCUUGGACUCUCUAAAGGCCCGCUGGAGAAGCGGCCCUAUCUUGGCCCGGCUUUGCUGCUCACUUCCCGAGACAGGGCCAGCAACACACAGGGGGAUGGCGAGGACAGCUCUGGUGGAGGAGGAGGCAAGAAGCCAAAGACAGAGGAGCUGGGCCUGGCCUCCCAGCUCCCAGAAGGACGGCCCUGCCAACCCCAGACAAGGGCACAGAAACAGCCAGGCCACACCAACUAUAGCAGCUAUUCCAAGCGGAAGCGCCUCACCCGGGGCCGGGCCAAGAACACCAACGCUUCACCCUGUAAGGGGCGUGCCAAGCGGCGAAGGCAGCAGCAGGUGCUGCCUCUGGAUCCCGCAGAGCCUGAAAUCCGCCUCAAGUACAUUUCCUCUUGCAAGCGGCUGAGAGCAGACAGCCGGACCCCAGCCUUCUCUCCCUUUGUACGGGUGGAGAAGCGAGAUGCAUUCACCACCGUGUGCACUGUUGUCAACUCCCCGGGAGAUGAGCCCAAGUCGCACAGAAAGCCUUCCUCCUCCACCUCAUCCUCUUCCUCUUCCUCCUCCUUGCUCUCCUUGGACCCAGCUGGGGUCUCCUUGACCACGCUUCCGGGAAGCUCCAGCCUGCAGCCGAGACCCUCCCUGCCCCUCUCCUCCACCAUGCACCUGGGGCGUGUGUCUAAGGCCCUUAGUACCUCUUGCCUUGUUUGCUGCCUCUGCCAAAACCCGGCCAACUUUAAGGACCUUGGAGACCUCUGCGGCCCCUACUACCCUGAACACUGCCUCCCCAAAAAGAAGCCAAAACUCAAGGAGAAGGUGCGGCCGGAAAGCACCUGUGAAGAGACCUCGCCCCUCGAGAGAACACUCAAAGGCCUCGAGUGUGCAGCUGCUUCAGCUGCCACCCCUGCCACCGGGAAGCCCCCCAGGCCUGAUGGCCCAGCUGACCCAGCCAAGCAGGGCUCACUGCGCACCAGUGCCCGGGGCCUGUCCCGUCGGCUGCAGAGUUGCUACUGCUGUGAUGGUCGGGGGGAUGGGGGUGAGGAGGUGACCCCAGCCGACAAGAACCGCAAGCAUGAAUGCAGCAAGGGGACCCCUGCAGAGCCUGGUGGGGACACCCAGGAGCACUGGGUGCAUGAGGCCUGUGCUGUGUGGACCAGCGGGGUCUAUCUGGUGGCCGGGAAGCUCUUUGGGCUGCAGGAGGCCAUGAAGGUGGCCAUGGAUAUGACAUGUUCCAGCUGCCAAGAAGCCGGGGCCACCAUUGGGUGCUCCUACAAAGGAUGCGUUCACACCUACCACUACCCGUGCGCCAGCGAUGCGGGUUGCAUAUUCAUCGAAGAGAACUUUUCUUUGAAGUGUCCCAAACAUAAGAGGCUGCCGUUGUAAUCCACAACAACGACCGGAGGAGCCACCGGAGCCCACCUGCCCGCCCGCCCGCC